AUGCUCCUCAAACUACAGAAAUACCAGGUGGAUGUGCGCUACCGAAAAGGAACUGAACUUGUAGUUGCACAUGCACUCAGCCGCAAUUUUCCACCAUACAUCCCCGACCCAAAGGACGACAACUGUGAAAUCCCAGUAUGCAUGAUAACUUGCCUACCAAUGUCAGCUGAAAGGAUAUCAGAACUUCAGCGUGAAACCGCAAAUGAGCCAGUUAUGCAGCAGUUGGCAGCAACUAUUCGUGAGGGUUGGCCUGACCUGAAGUCACAAGUAUCAGCCAACCUUGCACCCUACUGGGACUUUCGCGAACAGCUCACACUUGAAGAGGAUCUCAUCUUCAAAAAUGACAAAGUUAUCAUCCCAGCAAGCCUGACCAAACUCAUGCUAACCAAAGUACAUCAAAGUCACCAAGGAAUCGAGAAAACAAAGCGGUUAGCACGAGAUAUCAUGUUCUGGCCAAACAUGUCUGCGCAGAUAACUGACAUGGUUAGUCGAUGCCCGAUAUGCAGUGCUAACCAACACAAAAAUCGCAAAGAGCCAAUGAUACCACACGAGCUUCCUCUCCGACCAUGGCAGAAAGUUGGCUCUGAUUUGUUCGAGAUAUGA